AUGGGCAUCUGUGAUGCGAAGUACUCCUUUAUAUGGGUGAGCGUUGGGUCGUAUGGACGGGACAAUGAUGCCUCAAUUUUUGGCCAGUCUUCCUUUUUUAAGCAGGCUGAUAUGGGAGUUUUAAAGGUACCAAUGCCAUCAGAUGUGAAUGGAUAUACUCUCCCUUAUGUACUUUUGGGAGAUGACAUUUUUCCCUUAAAGACUUGGCUUGUGAAACCAUAUGGGGGUACUAAACUAACAGAGGAAGAGGAAGUGGCGAAUUAUAGAAUAUCGCGAGGGCGAAGGACGAUAGAAAAUACGUUUGGAGUGAUGGCUGCCAGGUGGCGUAUUUUUAGAAGACCAAUCCGGGCUAAUAUUGACACUGUUGACAGGGUUGUAAAGGCUGUAGUUUGUCUUCACAACUUCCUCAUGCAAACAGACAACGCUCAUUACCUGCCAAACGGUUUUGUGGACAGCUACAAUAAUGCUGAAUUUAAGGAGGGGGAAUGGCGCACUAUUGUAGGAGAAGAUGAAACUGGUCUUCAAAAUGUGAGAAGAGUGGGGUCGAACAAUUAUAAAGCGAGUGCAAGGGAAACGAGGGAUAAAUUCAAGGACUAUUUUAGUAGUGCCGAAGGCGCUGUUGCUUGGCAGCUUGAUGUUGUACGUAACUGUGGCCCUCUGGCAUCAUAA